GAAAUUGAACGCGUUCUCAAUUUUUUCAGUUCAUUAUCGUCUAAACCCUCAAAAUUCGAUUUGAAAGAACCACUGGAAAGGAAAAAUGAAAGUACUUACAGCUCAAACCAGACAACGGGUAUCAUACAUUUAAUGGCUUGCUGUCGGUUAUUUUAUUGUUUUUGUUUGAAUGUGAAUGUUUGUGUUGAAAUUAUCUUUAGAUAUACUGUAUCAACAUCUUACUUUACGGGACUUGGCAUACCUUCAAGAAAAACCCACAAAGUUAUUAUGGAACUUGAACAAGAAAUUGAACGUUUGAUCUCGGUAAACUUGCUCUAUUAG